AUGGCGUCGUCUACAGACAUCUCCGACAGCGACUCCAAGAAGGUCACCGUGGCCCCCGGUGCUGAAAAGCCCGACGUCACCGGCCUCCCCCAGUACGAUGGCGACCUUGUGGCCGAGAUGAGCGAGCGUGAGCGGACCGUCUACGAACACGGUAUCCAGAAAUUCAACCGUCUGGGCUGGAAACGCCUCACCAUCGUCCUCAUCGUCGAGGCCAUUGCCCUCGGCAGUCUGUCUCUCCCCUCCACCUUUGCAACACUGGGAAUGGUCGCCGGUGUCAUCUGCACGGUCGGCCUCGGGCUGCUCGCCAUCUACACCUCAUACGUUGUCGGGCAGGUCAAGCUCAAGUUCCCUCUGGUUCACCACUACCCCGAUGCUGGAAAGCUCAUGUUUGGUCGCUUCGGUUACGAGCUCAUCAACGUUAUGCUCAUCUUGCAGCUGCUCUUCCUGACGGGCUCUCACACUCUGACUGGUGCCAUUGCGUGGAUUGACAUCACCCAGAGCGACGUCUGCUCUGUUGUCUUUGCCGUGGUCUCCGCCAUCAUUCUGUUGAUCCUCGCCGUCCCUCCCAGUUUCACCGAAAUGGCCAUUCUCGGCUACGUCGACUUCGCGUCGAUUAUUAUCGCCAUUGGAAUCACCAUCAUCGCGACCGGUGUGGAGAGCUCCAAUGCCCCCGGCGGCCUCUCUGGCGUCAACUGGUCCGCCUGGCCCAAGGAGGACAUUAGCUUCACCGAUGCUUUCAUCGCCCUCACCAACAUCAUCUUCGCCUAUAGUUUCGCCAUGUGCCAGUUCUCAUUCAUGGACGAGAUGCACACACCCCAGGAUUACGUCAAGUCCAUCUGGGCCCUUGGAAUUACCGAGAUCCUCAUCUACACUCUGACCGGAGCCAUUGUCUACGCCUUUGUUGGCCAGGACGUUCAAAGUCCCGCCCUGUUGUCCGCCGGUCACCUCAUGAGCCGAGUCGCGUUCGGUGUUGCUCUCCCCGUCAUCUUCAUCAGUGGUUCCAUCAACACCGUUGUCGCGGGCCGUGUCGUCCACGGUCGUAUCUUCAAGGACUCGCCCAUCCGCUUCAUCAACACCAAGAUGGGCUGGAUCACCUGGCUGGCCAUUAUUACCGUCGGCACUGUCAUUGCUUUUAUCAUUGCCGAGGUCAUUCCCUUCUUCAACGAUUUACUGUCUAUUUCUUCCUCGCUCUUCAUCUCGGGCUUUACCUUUUACUUCCCCGCCUUCAUGUGGUUCAUGCUCAUUCGAGAGGGACCAUGGAACUCGCGCCACAACCUGAUGCUCGGAGCGCUCAACGUGUGCUGCAUGCUGAUCGGUUUCCUGACGCUUGUGGCUGGUACCUACUCCAGUGUCAAGGAUAUUGUCGACAAGUACAACGAAGGAACAGUCCGGGGUGUCUUCAGCUGCUCCAAGCCGGCGUAA